AUGAAGACCAGACUAGCCUGCCUGUCCAAUAAGUCUGACUCCUACACCGACUUCACUGAGUUCCUGCCCCCUGCCCAAGAUAGGACCACCAGAUGCCUAAAGCUGACAAAAGACGAGGUCAUUCGAUGGGCAGAUUCCUUCGAUGUUCUUCUAUCGCACAAGUAUGGCCUGGCUGCCUUCCGGGCUUUUCUCAAGACGGAGUUCAGCGAUGAGAACAUUGAGUUCUGGAUGGCCUGCGAGGAAUAUAAAAAAAUCAAGACUCCUGCUAAACUGGUGACCAAAGCCAACAAGAUCUACAAUGAGUUUAUCGAUGUCAAGGCUCCCAGAGAAGUAAACAUAGACUUCCGUACACGGGAGGUGACGAGACAGAGCCUUGAGGAGCCCACUCCUUCCAGUCUGAACGAGGUCCAGUCAAGGGUCCACAGCCUCAUGGAGAAAGACUCUUACCCACGAUUCCUCCGCUCCAAGAUCUACCAGGACUUACUCAAAACGCAGUACACACACUGCCAACGGAACUCUGUCUGA